GCCCCCGCGAGAGUGCGGUCGUGAAGAGCGAGGUCGGCUCCCGCGCUCGCGCUCGCCUUACUCUCGACUUCCCUCCGCCAGCUGUCUCGCGUGGCCCGGGUCUCUGGUGGCGCGCGCGGCCUCAGGGCAAGAUGAGGCAGGCGGCGCUGCGGCUUUGUACCACCUUGGGCAAGGGGCUGCGUGCUCCUGGCAGAGGACUCACUCAAGGAUCCAAGAAUCCCGAGAAACAGAGAGGCCUCCACAUGCAUGAAGCAUGUUCACCUAUACAUGUGAAUCACGUUCGUGAUAAGUUGCGGGAGAUAGUAGGAGUCUCCACAAACUGGAGAGACCAUGUGAAAGCAAUGGAGGAAAGAAAAUUACUUCAGAGUUUUUUGGCUCAGUCACAGAAAGGACUGCCACCCAGGAGAAUGAAAGACAGUUAUAUCGAGGUUCUCUUGCCUUUGGGUAGUCAGCCUGAAUUACGAGAGAAAUACUUGACUGUUCAAAACACCAUCAGAUUUGGCAGGAUUCUUGAGGAUCUUGACAGCCUAGGAGUUCUCAUUUGCUACAUGCACACCAAGAUUCAUUCAGCUAAGGCGUCUCCUCUGUCUAUAGUUACAGCCCUGGUGGACAAGAUUGAUAUGUGUAAGACGAGCUUAAGUCCAGAACAGGACAUCAAGUUCAGUGGCCAUGUCAGCUGGGUUGGGAAGACAUCCAUGGAAGUGAAGAUGCAAAUGUUUCAGUUACACGGCAAUGAAUUUUGUCCUGUUUUGGAUGCAACCUUUGUAAUGGUGGCUCGUGAUUCUGAAAAUCAAGGGCCGGCAUUUGUAAAUCCACUCAUCCUUGAAAGCCCAGAGGAAGAAGAACUCUUUAGACAAGGAGAAUUGAACAAGGGGAGAAGGGUUGCCUUCAGCUCCACAUCAUUACUGAAAAUGGCUCCCAGUGCCGAGGAGAGGACAACCAUACAUGAGAUGUUUCUUAGCACGCUCGAUCCAAAGACUAUAAGUUUUCAAAGUCGAGUUUUACCCCCUCAUGCGGUGUGGAUGGAGGAUUCAAAACUGAAGAGCUUGGAAAUUUGCCACCCUCAGGAGCGGAACAUUUUCAAUCGGAUCUUUGGUGGUUUCCUUAUGAGGAAAGCCUAUGAACUUGGAUGGGCUACUGCUUGUAACUUUGGUGGUUCCCGACCGUUUGUAGUAGCAGUGGAUGAUAUCAUGUUUCAGAAACCCGUUGAGGUUGGAUCACUGCUGUUUCUUUCUUCGCAGGUUUGCUUUACUCGGGACAAUUACAUUCAAGUCAGAGUGCACAGUGAGGUGGCCUCUCUUGUGAAUAAAGAGCAUAUGACCACCAAUGUCUUCCAUUUCACGUUCAUGUCAGAAAAAGAAGUGCCCUUGGUUUUCCCCAGAACCUACGGAGAGUCCAUGUUGUAUUUAGAUGGGCAGCGGCAUUUCAACUCCAUGAGUGUACCGGCGAACUUGAGAAAGGACUACCUUGUGGAGCCCUAGGAAAACCAUGCUUGUUUAUGAGCAGCCCUCCAUGGUGGCAUAGUGCCCAGUGAAAGCCCGAUUAAGUGUUUUGGUUUCAGUCUUUAUUCUCAUCUUCUGUUGAGAAGAAGAAUGUAUUCAACCUUUAGGAUGAUCAGCAAAGCAGAACAAGAGAGUGGCUGGGUGGGGCGGAGGAAGAGGGAGUUAUUAAACAAUAAACACUCUCAAGACAAUUUAAAUUAGAAACCUACCAUGUCACCUCCUGUGUGGUAAAGAAAUGAGGGCAGAAUGCCUUUAUAUGCAGUUGGAAACGUUUAUUUUCUUAAGCUUAUCACAAGCUAUCCGUAUGUGCAGUUUCCUGCCAAGGUAUUUGGAGGGCAUUCCUUAAGCCUGACGCUGCAGUUCCCCUGUAUUGUCUAAAUCCCAUCAACCCUACAUGAGUCCUCUGUGUUUUGCCUGCCUCUCCUUCCCAGCUUUGUUUGUUGGCAGGAGGCAGAUGAAAAGUCGGGGUGAAGGGAGCGAACAAAAGGUAAGGCAUUUGGAAGGAUUUGUGGGAAGCUUUAAGCCUAAAGCCAUACCAAGAGGAGGUGUUCAGAGAUGAUCUGUAUGAGGACACACCGGACCAUGUGUUCAUUCUUUCGUUCACCAGAUAGCUUUUCACACUCUACUCGGAGCUGGCCAGGAUAUAUCUGAUUCAAAAACAGGAACAGUGACAAUAAUGGCUGCUUAUGCUUGCUGAACACUUGCCAUGUGCUAAGGCACUGUCCUGAGCACUUGACGUGUAUUAGCUCAUGUAUUUCUUCCACCACCACUAGAGGUAGGUUCUCUAACCCUCUCAGGUUAGGUCACUCAAGCACAGACAGGUUAAGUGACCUGCUCAUGGUCUCACAGCUAGUAAGUGGUGGUGCUGGCAUUCAGAGGCAGGCAGUGGUGCUGGCAUUCAGAGGCGUGUGGCGCCAGGGCACACUUGACCAGUACAUGGGACUGCUUUCUGUGUCCAGGAUCACAGUGUCACCUAGGAACCCAAAGGGAGGUAUUCUCAUGAGUCUAGCCAAGACAAAGUUCCUUUCUUGAUGGGAUGGGAGGUCGAUUGAGUCCGGGAGAGACAAAAACCAGGCUUUUGGGAAGAAAAGAGUCCUCUCUGGCAAGGUGUUUCCCCACACUGUACUUGCACCAUCCUGAACUUCUCUGGGCCCUUCAGUACAGCAUUUUGCAGAUUUACCUGUGACUCGGUGGGGACUCUGGGAGUUGUGUGAAUGUGUUAAGGGCAGUUCAAUGAAGAGACCUACUGUCUGCUGUCGUACAGAUUAUAUGUUAUACAUUUAAACAUUUUUUGCUUAUUCACUGAGAUUCUUUCUAGAACUUUUCUUGCUAUUCUAAGCAUGGCUCCAGUAAAUAUCCUAAAUAGCUAAAAUAUUUAACCUUUAAAUGAUUUCCUUAGGAAAAUUGCAGAGAAGUGAUACCUAGGUCAGAAUAGUGUGCACACAUUGAAGGCUUUGAAUAUGCAUUUCACAUAACCUUCUAGAACAGUUGGAGACCUUCAUUUACUCAUCGAUUUCCCUGAAGUUUGCCAAGUUUUAUUCUUUUUAAAAAUCUUUGCCCUUUUGAUAGGUGAAAAAGGGUAUUUGUUAAUGGGCUGUCUUUGAAUUUUGCCGAGAUUGAACUUUAAAAAAUUGCUUAUUGUGUUUUUAGUUAAAUUACUAGUUCAGGUAUGGAUAUCAGAAUCUUAACUCAGAACCUGUUCCCUCCCAUUAAAGGUUUUCAUAUGAUAAGGACAACAGGUUUUGAUUUUUAUUAAAACAAUUUUUUUAGGGUUUCAUUUUUAAUACAGGACUUGGAGAAGAUGAGAUGAAGCGAAGUAUGAAGGACAUACAGUAGGCUCUAGAUAUUUAGUGUUCUGUUCCUCUUUAAAGAUAGUGAGUGUGUGGUCCUAGCACCAUUACGUGUUGAGCAUGGAAUUUCCUAAUGUGGGUUGGACAUGGUUUUGUACUGAGUUGUCCAUCCCGAGACAUCCUAAUUUUACUUCAGGCAUUUAUUACCAAGUUCUUUGUUUUUUGCUUAGACAUUUCUUCAGUUGGUCUUCGAGGAUGGUGUCUUUAACACUGGUUUUUCAGAAGAAUUGACACUGAUAUGCUGUGCACUAUGUUGUGCGUGCCCUUGUGAUGCCGUGGAUCCAUUUCUUGUGGAACCUGAAUACUCUGCACAUUCCCUUUGCUACCCGCGUUCUCUGUGACGAUCUGCUUUCUCUCAUCUCUUAGAGCCCAGAGCUUGAUGGCUGAAGAAUGGAAGUCUCCCCUCCCACCUCACACCCGUUACCCCAGGGAAUUCAACAUUUUAGUUUUCUUUUUGAUAAGCUUGUGCAGAGAGAAAGACCCUUUAUCUUCCUAAAGGCAUAUUUGAGUCUGUGGGAUGGCCAGGCCCACCCGGGGAGUUCUUGUCCCUGUGGCCUUGGCUGCAGUCACCUAGGCAGCUGUAGGCAGCUGUGUGCAGCCAGGGGCGUGUCUGGGGCCGGAACAUCUGGCACCUCAGCUGGGGUGGCUGGAAUCGGGUGGGGGUUGGCCAGACCUCUUAACAGGCUGGUUGGAUUUUUUAAAUGGUGUCUUGAGGCCUCCAAGAGCAGCCAGCCAGAGUUUUAGAUCCUAACUACACCAUCCUCCUGCCUCUCAAAGCCAUUUUCAUGCUGGGAACAAUCAGUGAUGUCCUGGAAGUUGACAAAGAAGGUACCUCGGAUACUAGUGCUAAUGAAAUAGUCUUGUAUAAACAUUUAUUAACAAGUAACACUGGGAAACACUGCAUAGGAUACCCCUCCUCUGGUAGUUUUUAAAGCAUAUUAGGUUACAAAAGACUCUGAAAAGUAGGUCCGUAAGAACACCUGUUUAACUUUGUUUAAUCAGCUUUUGUGAAAUUUAGUUGGCCAUGGUCCUUUUUUCUUAUUAAUACCUAUUAAUAAAUUGCACACAUGAGAAGAGGGAGGCAAAAGGAAGUGCAUUAGAGGAUGGUGAAGGGUAGUUUAUAUUUGCUUCCAUUUUGAUACGGAGAAGACAAGUUUGUUACCAAUUUCUGUUUCUCGCCAGAGCCUCAAGCUCAAAUUCAGUGUUUUAUGCUUUACAACAAAAACAUUUGAGAGGAGUUAGGGAUUCUUUAUUUGGUUCCAGAACCCCAUGACAACUUGUAUAUUGGUGAAGUGCUGCAAUAAUCAGUGGGAAGGUGUAAUCAUCAUAAAAAAGGAACUUUUAUGUAUGACUAACAUAUUGGAGUCUUAGUAUGUGUCAGGCAAUAUGCUAAUGACAUUCAGAUGUAUUUGCUCAUUUAAUCCUUACAGCCACCUUUGGAGGUCAAUAGCAUUGUUACCCACAUUUUGCAGAGAGAGGUGAGGCUGCAAAAGGGACAGGGACUAUAUAUGUAAUCUCAGGAUACAGUUAGGUCUCUAACCAUGAGAGAUGAUGGUGAAAUAGUUUUGGGAUUUUAGUUCCCUUAUAGAAUAGAUUUUCACUGCAUUUGUGAUUGACUCUCUGAAUCGACUUGUGAAUGGUUCCCCCCCCACCACCCUUUUCCUGGGCUACAAAUAAUGCAUUACUGUAAAAUAGGUAACCAAAAAGAGGAAUUAAAAAGGAUUGAGCAAGUUCAAAAAUGGA